AUGGCUGAAAGUGCUAAACAUAUUGAAGAUUCGAAGAUGGAAGAUGCCAAAGACGAUAUUGAGGAAUACGCAGAGGUGGAGGACGUAGGAGACGAGGAUGAAGAAGAUGCAGAGGAGGGGGAAGAAGAUGCAGAGGAGGGGGAAGAAGAUGCAGAGGAGGGGGUCGAGUGUGCGCGGCAGAAUAUGCUACAGUUUUAUACUAUAUUAAAGUCACGAGGAGAGAACGUCGAGGAUCUUCACCGUCGACUCGAAAAGGAAUUCGAAGAUUAAGACUGAGCAGAUGUAAAGAUAUUAACCGCUUAAUUUGAAAGAAUGUGGAAGUACCCUCUAGACAGUGAAUUGUUUUGAAGUAUAUUUAUGAUUUUUAUCCGAGACUUAUGCCAUGCCAUUGUAUGGAAGUAGCUACGCAUUCUUUUCUUUGAAGUAAGGUGGACUGACGCUGCUCUAAUAAGAGGAGGAGUAUUUCGAUGCGGUAGACCGCGAGCUCAUCGAAUUGGGUCGAGGGUUGCCCUCCUCCUUACCGGAGUAUUUCACGAGUUUGGAGGCCUUUAAUUAUGGCAGGCACAAUGAGAAAAUAUAUAAGGGAAGUAAUUCCGACUAGAUCAAGCUUUAGAAUUAGAAGUAUUAUGUAGUUAUACUCGUAGGUCCAUCUAUUGGGGAUAAGGUGAUGGCUUUUGGGAACUCUGCCCGCGCUCGUGCAUAUUGAGUGUGGCGGAAAUUUUAAUAUGUUGCUGUUCUUGAUGUCGGGCUCGUGUGGGGAUUGCCGACAAUUCCUUCGAUUGUACUUAUCUCUAAUUUGAAGACGAUAUACAUCAUCGAUGUCAUCGGCUGCUCUCGCAAGCGUUGGAAGAGAGAGCCUGCUUAUACUGGAAAGCGUUCACGUACAAUUAAGAGCACCACACCUCCAAAGUAGGGAACCUUGCACCAGGACACCAGAUUUGUUGUUAAUGAUUCAAUAGAGCGAAAAGAACGUUAAAUCGUAAAUGUCUACUUCAUCUAGAAGAAGUUCACUCUCUGAGUCAAAGUGCUGGUCGUUAGAUUCGACCGCUGAAGAGUUUUCAGGUUCCCUACUACCUUGCACCUUCACAGCAAGGGGGUGCCUGGGUGGAAGAUGGAUUACUGCGCGUUUGUCCUGAACAAGAUAAUGGAGUGUAAUCAACAUCUGGAGAACCAGACGGGAAUGCAGCUAUAUAUGAACUAUCCCAACAUCAAACCGCGGAACGCCAACCUGCACCAUUUGGAGAACUUCUUGGCUCCGUCCGUGAGUUGGGUUUUGGACCGCAAGCACUGCGCAUAGGGCUGAAGACAGCGUAGUUCCAGGUGCAACCCGUUAAAAUACUAAACAAUCAACACCGCAUGACUGAGUAUCUCAACGGGGGGCUUUCCUUGUUUUCAGGUUAUCUUUACGUAUGUUCAUAGAUACGAAAGCACAUUUGCUCUAAUACAAAAGUACACUGGAAAUUGGAGGCAUUGAGGAAUCGUUCGUGUGGCCAGAGCAGCCUCCAGCAGAUGUUCUCGCGAAAAGAGCACUAGGUGUACCAGACUCAGAGGUGACGAAGCUUUUGACGGGAGUCUUCAUUAAGGACAGAAUGAAUAAUUUAUUUCCUCACCAUCUCUUGAAGUUAGUAUUCUACUCUGGGUUCUGGCACUUAGGGGAGUUGUUUUGUAAAUAAGUUAGACAAGAAUCAAGAAGUGCUUGAAGUGGAUAUCCAUUGUACACCAUGAAGUCUUGACAGAGAUGCAAGAAUCGACCCAAGUAGAUGAAGUAUUUUUAAGAGGUAGAAUGCACCCGAUGAAGAUCGUUAUCGAUGUACUUAUAUUAUAAGUACUUUUUAGGCAUUCUGGGACGCGAUCUAACUUUUGUUUCACGCACCUAACGAGCAGCGUUACUGCAAUCAGCUCCGUCCAGAGCGAGGUACUCCAGGGCAACUUGCUCGAAGCUUGGAAGCCGCGAGCGGAGGCCGACCCUCGUUUUGCGAAAGUGGUGGAGCAGGUGAAAACGCGCGUAGAAACGGCGUAUGAUGUCCAGGCGUUUUUGCGAGUACUAAGGCUACCCUUUCAUCAUCUGGUGUGAAGUGCUGUCCUCAGGCAGAGUCCCCGCACCAUAACAAGAAAAUGAAAAGGAUUAUGCGGCGGGGACGCCAAGCUGAAGCAUCUCACUCGGAUCUUGAUGAUAAGGAACCCGAACCACUGCUAAGAAAGAACCUUGGUAGCCUACGUUACCAAGUGAGCCACCUGAUCUACGUAACGAAGGAUAGCCAAGAGCUAUUGAAGCAACUCAGCAGUCUUUUGAUUUUCUCUGGACCCAAGUGGAGAUCACUUGUGGAGGGGUUGGAUAAUGCUUUUAAGGAGCAUUUGAAGUAUCAAACGCCCAGGCUCCCUGAAGUUGAUCCUAGGACAGGCAAACUUUCGCUGGGAAUAGUUGAUCCGGAAAAGCCGCGCACUCCGUUCGAGUCGGAAGAGCAAAGGGAGCACGUUGCGCUAGGUCUUCGGGCUUUCUUGGCUUUUGGCCUGCAAGUGGUUUGCGAGGGUCGACAUCUUCUUCGCCUGCGACAAGAAGGUCCCCCGUCUAUCUGGGACUAUAGAACCAUGAAGCCGAUCGAAGACUUGCCGAAAACAGUGGCUCAGAACAACGGCGGCCCUAACGGAUUUCGCUGGGGCAUUGGUGGCCCGGGCUUCAUGCCCCAUGAAGGGCUAGGGUGUGCUUAUGAUUUUCGAAUGUCCAUCUUCAGAAGCAUCUUCGGGAUUACUUACUUGUUUGGAGGGGAAAGUCAAAGUAACACCACAAAAAUGCGAAUCACCCAUGAUGGAUGUCGGAAAGUAGAUCUAACUUCUGGGGUCGAAGAAGGACAUUGAGAUGAUCGGUGAUAUGUUUGAUGAUUUUCAGGAGGGUCUGCUGCAGGCUUUUGUUGCUUACGAAAAUAACCUGAGCGGAAUUUCUAGGGAAGACUUAACAGUGCUCUUUACCUACAUGCCUUUGCUGUAUGCGGAUGAGGAAGAAUUUCGUAAGCUCGUCAAAUAUUUGCCGAGAAACGCGGCCCUUAAUAGGACUAUCUACAGUACGAUAGAGGCGUCAAUUAUGGCUAUUUUUUCAUCAUGCUCUGAGGCACCGUUGGCGCUGGCCUUGUGAGUGAGGACCUCCAUCAUUGCUUCCACCAAGGGAUCUUGGACUAGUCAAUGUUUAACCUAUGUAUGCAUUUACAAAGGGAACAAAGGGAGGCUCCUCACCUCACUGUGGAUCAUGAAUACCGAACACUAAGUCCAGCGGCAAAGAGAAUCAACAAGGGGAUCAAGAUGUGCGUUCUGCUGACUUCGGGAAUGAGAAUGACUUUCGAGACAGUGCUGCAAUGGCAUCUGCGCUUGCUGAUAGAGGGACAAGAAUCAGUGGGGUCGAGGAUGAGCAAGUAAAGGCAACAAAAGGCGAGUUGGAAAAGGAUAUGCUCUCAUCCCUUGGGGCUUCGUCAAAAAAGACUUCGUCUUCGGUCGUGAAAGACUUCAAAAUGGCCUCCGGAAUACAGGAAUAUGACGCGGAUCAGACUCUGUUCUUUGAUGCGGAAACGUGCAUUAAGAGUUUUGCUGAAAAACAGGGGUCGCAACCCCGCCCAGCAGACCUGGAGCACGGAUGUUCUGCUUGUACGAUUAUGUAGCGGCAUGGAAAUGGAUAUGAAGACGCAUCAUGGUAUCGAUAUGACCUUAAUAUUGGACUUGGAAGCAACUAGCAGCGUGGCUUUGGAAGAGGCCAACUGCUGCCGUGUGAUGCGUGCUUGUUGUAUGACUACUUGUGAUGGUUUCUGCUCAUUUGAUUUAUGAGCUCUUGUGAGAAGGUACUCACGCAUUGACUUCAAACAGGUCAGAGAACCCAUGAAAAGAUAUUACUCUUACUCAUGAAAAAGUAUAGAAUACACUCCAACCACGCACAUUAUUUGAAUCAAUUGAAUGUCGCAUCCUGGCGCAAACGCAUUGGCAAUUUUUCGCGCGAUUACUUGUUAAUAUUGACGCACUAGAACAAAGGCAUGGAAAUAAUUAACAACACGAGCAGCAAAGAAAUUAGGCACUAGAUUUUGAACCUUGCAGUAGAGUCCACUGGUAAGUAGAUACGUAAUGCGAAAAGAGCAAAAUAUUACAGAAAAGUACACAAGUCAUUGAUACAUAUGUUGAACCAACGAAAACAUCGGAAAAGAAGCUCGAAUAAGAUGCAAAUAUCAUCAAUGUAUUUUCAAUUGGCACUGAUAUGCACAGAUGAAUACAU